AUGAACUUCUCAAUCCCCGACGAUUUGAAGCAAUAUCUCGCCGAUCUCGACAAGUUUAUCGAUGAGAAGAUCACUCCGUUGCAACACAAAGACGACAACAACCGCUUCUUCGACCACCGGCGCGAACAACGCUCGAACGGAUUGGGAGAAUGGCGGCUUGCCGCGCAAGGAUAUGGUGGCCAGAACAGCGAAGAUGGACGAGGAAGCAAUCUCUGGAUGGCGGUCAUAAGAGAGCAUCUCGCUGCAAAGGGACUGGGUCUGUUCAAUGAUUUGCAGACUGAGCACUCAAUGGUCGGGAACUUUCCAGAUGUCGUAAUGCUCAUGAACUUUGGUAACGCGCACCAGAAGGAAGAGCUGAUACCGCUGCGGCUGCAGGGCAAGUUCAGGAUGACCUUUGGGUUGACCGAGCCUGGCCAUGGGUCGGACGCGACACAUAUGGCGACGAAGGGACGACCACAGACAAGGAAUGGCGUCAAAGGCUGGCUGCUGAAUGGGUACAAGCGAUGGCAGACUGGCAUGCACCAUGCCACACAUUGUUCCGUCUUCGCGAGAACGUCGGAAAAGGAUGGCGAGGUGAAAGGCAUCUCAUGCUUCAUCGUGCCAGUAGAGACACCAGGUAUCAAAGCAGAGUCGUAUGAGUGGACAUUGAACAUGCCGACCGAUCAUGCGACCGUUUCCAUCAAGGAUGUCUGGGUACCCGAGAGCGCGGCUUUAGGUCCCAUACAUAACGGUCUCGGUGUCGCUCAAGCCUUUGUCCACGAAAAUCGUAUCCGACAAGCUGCUUCGUCUCUCGGCGCGGCCGUAUACUGCGUCCAGCAAUCGGUCGAAUACGCCAAUGACCGUGCACCCUUCGGCACCCCGCUCUCACACAACCAAGGCAUCCAGUUCCCGCUCGUGGAACUAGCGACUCAAUGCGAGAUGCUCCGACUGCUCAUUCGCAAGACAGCGCUGGAGAUGGACUCAAUGCCACACAAUGAGAUCGAAAGGAAGAUCGGGGACAAGGUGUCUAUGUGCAAUUACUACGCAAAUAGGCUGUGUACUGAGGCUGCGGAUCGAGCCAUACAGGUCCAUGGCGGUAACGGAUACUCUCGACACUAUCCGUUCGAGCAUAUCUGGAGGCACCACCGACGGUAUAGGAUCACGGAGGGUAGUGAGGAAAUCCAGAUGCGCAAGGUUGCCGCGUAUCUGUUUGGUUUCGGUGGAAGGAAGAGUCUUGUAGAUGCUACGAGAGCUGAGCCCAAGUUGUAG